UUUUUUUUUUUUUCGGAUUGUGUGUGUGCGUGUUGUUGAUUUUCCUUCCUCUUCCAGAGACUCGAGCGAGUUCGCUGGGCAGGAGAGGGGAAAAAAAUAAAACCCAACAAAUACACACACACGCAUUUUUGUAAAGGGAAUCCCUCUUUUUCUCCUGGAUUUGUGGAUGCACCGAUGAGAGAUCCAGCCUUCCCAGGGACUGCCAUGGCUUACCACCCCUUCCACGCACCCCGGCCGGCUGACUUCCCCAUGUCCGCUUUCCUCGCAGCCGCCCAGCCGUCCUUUUUCCCGGCUCUGGCUCUGCCUCCGGCGGCGUUGGCGAAGCCCAUGCCGGACCCGGGGCUGGCCGGGGCGGCCGAGGCCGGGCUGCACGUCUCGGCCCUGGGACACCACCACCAAGCCGCCCAUCUGCGCUCGCUCAAAAGCCUGGAGCCCGAGGAGGAGGUAGAGGACGACCCUAAAGUAACGCUGGAAGCCAAAGAGCUUUGGGACCAGUUUCACAAGCUGGGCACCGAGAUGGUGAUCACCAAGUCUGGGAGGAGGAUGUUCCCCCCGUUCAAGGUGCGGGUGAGCGGCCUGGACAAGAAGGCCAAGUACAUUUUGCUGAUGGAUAUAGUGGCGGCCGACGAUUGCCGGUACAAAUUCCACAACUCCCGCUGGAUGGUGGCUGGCAAGGCCGACCCGGAGAUGCCCAAGCGCAUGUACAUCCACCCCGACAGCCCGGCCACGGGGGAGCAGUGGAUGGCCAAACCUGUUGCCUUUCACAAGCUCAAGCUCACCAACAACAUCUCGGAUAAGCACGGCUUUACCAUCCUGAACUCCAUGCACAAGUACCAGCCCAGGUUCCACAUCGUCCGGGCCAACGACAUCCUCAAGCUGCCCUACAGCACCUUCCGCACCUACGUGUUCCCCGAGACCGACUUCAUCGCCGUCACUGCCUACCAGAACGACAAGAUCACGCAGCUGAAGAUCGAUAACAACCCCUUCGCCAAGGGCUUUCGGGACACGGGCAAUGGCCGGCGGGAGAAGAGGAAGCAGCUCUCCCUGCCGUCCCUGCGGAUGUACGAGGAGCCCUGCAAGCCCGACCGCGACGGUGGCGAGUCGGACGCCUCCUCCUGCGAGCCCUCGGCCGUGCGCGAUGCUCUGCACUCGCCCGUGGGUGCCCUCCCCAGCCCCCUGCGCCUCAAGGGCAGCGGCAGAGAGGAGAAGCCGGGGCCCGACAGCGACGCGGAGGUGGAGAAGGUGCCUGAGGAGCGGCCGGUGGCGGCGGCCAGCCCCAGCGCGGAGGACGCGACGCCCCGCGGCAGCCCCCGGUGCCCGGAGGAACGGAGCAAGGAGAGGCACAGCCCAGAGAAAGCCAAGGAUGGUGCAUCCCCACGGGAGGGUCCUGGCGAGGGCCUGUUCGGCACACGGGGCCUGGAGAAGGACAAGGUGGAAGGGAGAAGGAAAGAGACGGAGCCAGGCAAGAAGGACACGGAGGGCGGCGGGCUGGGCAAGGAGGCCUUCGCCCCGCUGAUGGUGCACACGGACAGCCCCCCGCACCUGAGCGCCGGCCACCUGCAGAGCCUGGCGCUCUCCGGCCUCCACGGGCAGCAGUUCUUCAGCCCUCUGGGCGCCGGGCAGCCCCUCUUCAUCCACCCAGGACAGUUUGCCAUGGCCCCCGGAGCCUUCUCUGCCAUGGGCAUGGGACACUUGCUGGCCUCGGUGACCGGCGGGGGCAGCCUGGAGAAUGGAGCGCUCUCGUCCGCCCCGGGCGCGGCAGGGACGGCCACCCCCUUCCCUUUCCACCUCUCCCAGCACAUGUUGGCCUCUCAGGGAAUCCCGAUGCCCACCUUCGGCGGACUCUUCCCCUACCCCUACACCUACAUGGCAGCGGCCGCAGCGGCAGCCUCGGCCAUGCCGGCCAGCAGCGCUGCCGCCGCCGGGCCGCUCUCCCGCAACCCCUUCCUGGGCAGCAGCCGGCCCCGCCUGCGCUUCAGCCCCUACCAGCUCCCGGUGACCAUCCCGCCCAGCACCAACCUGCUGACCACCGGCCUCCCCGCCAGCCUCAACCCCGGCUCCGAGGGCUCCAAGGCCGGCAGCAGCCGGGAGCCCAGCCCCCUGCCCGAGGUGCCCCUGCACAAGGGGGGCAGCCAGCGCCCCGCUGCCUCCCCCAAGGGCUCCCUGAAGGAGUCCCUCAAUGAACUGCAGAACAUCCAGAGACUGGUGAGCGGGCUGGAGAGCCAGCGGGAGCUGUCACCCGGCAGGGAGUCCCCGAAGUGACCGGCGGGGCGGGCAGCGAGCCCUCCCGGCGGGGCGGAGAAGCACUGGUAUUUUGUACAGCACAGUAUAAAUAUUUAUUGUGGAGCGAGGGGUGGGAGCAGACAGGGAGCGGGGUGCUGGAGCAGAGGGAUGCACCCCUCCAGCCAUGAGGAUCCACCACCCCGGAGCCAGGAGGGAGCAGCUGGAGAGCAGGGAUUGCCCAUCCCUUGGGCUGUGGGGCGGGGAGCGGCUCCCCCCAACUCCGGCGAGGCCACGGAGCCCCCAGGACCCCCCCAGUUCCCCGCUCCGGGCACUGGGCAGCUCAGGGGAGGGUGAUGAGCUGGUGCCGAGACACCCGAUGGAUGGGGCAGCCCCAGCCCCUGCCUCGGUGCGGGGUGAGAGGGGCCAAACCCUCAUCUGUGCGAGGGGAGGGAGAAGGAAAAAAAAAAAUUAAAGGAAAAAAAAAAAAGAGAGAGAGAGAACUAAGGAACGGAAGAUGGAAAUCAAACCGCCUCGGAAGCCGGCGCCGCACAGAGCGAGCAUGGCAGGGGGAGCCUCGUGGGUACCUGGGCAGAUAUUUAUGAAAUAAAUGGUAAUUUGUGUAAAUAAGCUAUAAGGAUCCCAGAAUAUGCAAAUUGGUAUUAAUUUAUUCAGAGUUGUACAUUGGUGUGUACAUAAUAUUUAGAGUUUAACUCCUCGCAUUUAAGUUUUUUUCGGUUUUUUUGUUGUUUUUUUUUUCAUUUUACAUGAACAUAUAUAUUGUAAAUGAAAACUAUUUAGCUCUUUGUGAUUGAAGGAGAUAUCGGUUUCUCUGUGUUUUAAAAUAUUGUUUAUCCCGCCUGUUCUCUAGGACAAUCAUGUGCCACCGAUAAAACAAUUUUUGGAGUCAUUAAAAAUAAGAUUUCAAUCCUUUAAUGGACUUUUGCAAGAAAAAAAAAUAAACCAACGAAUCCAAAACGUAACUAAGAUAUUGCUACAGUGCGGGGUAUAGAGAAUGCAGGAAUAAACCUCAGGUUUUUAUUUUUCACUCCAGAACAAAAAGAAAAACCAAAAAAAAAAAAAAUCCCAAAAAAACAAGUAUAAUAAA